CUUCGAGAAACUCAUCUUCUACCCGGUCACGGAGGAGCCGAAGCGGAUUUGCCUCCGCAGCCCGGAUUUGUCGCCCCGAUGCGCGGCCGCGCCUGGCUGGGCGCUGCGCUCGUCCUUGGGGCGCAGCUCCGAGCGCUGUGGCUGGCGGCGGCAGUGGAAGUUCACACUGCCAAGGAGGUGGUGGCCGUGAACGGGACCAACCAGCGGCUGAAAUGCACCUUCUCCAGCAGCAGCCCCGUGAGCCAGCAGCUCUCAGUGAGCUGGAACUUCCAGCCCGAGGACCUGAGCGCCCACGAGCCGGUAUUUUACUACCUGAAGGAGCCCUACGAGCCCCCCUCGGGCAGGUUUAAGGACCGAGUCACCUGGGAUGGGAACAUUGAGCGCCACGACGUUUCCAUCAUCGUCUGGAACCUGAAGCCCAGUGACAACGGGACCUUCACCUGCCAGGUGACAAACUGGCCAGACGUCUAUGGCACCAUCGGGGAGGUGCGACUCCGGGUUGUGCAGAAAGUGAGCUUCUCAGAAAUCCAUUUCCUGGCCGUGGCCAUCGGGUCUGCCUCGGCGCUGAUGAUCAUCGUGGUGACAGCCGUGAUAAUCUGCCGGCAGCGCCGCAGGAAGGCGCGAGACAGGAGGCUGGAGGCGGCAGACACCGAGCGUAAAGAAAAGGAGAGCCUGAAGAUGGGGGAAGAAAAGGAACCCAUUCCAUUGGAAGAUUAAAGGUCUUUGCUGGUGUGCACAAUGCAGGUUCUUCCAAAGCAGCUGGUGAAAGCUUGUAAUUUGGGGUGUUAGAACAAAGCUGGAUUACAGACGCCCCACGCUGCCAGUGCGGAACCUCUGCUCAACCUGAAAGUCUUGCAUGGAAAGAGGGUGACUUUACAUGAGCUGUGAAUUCCCUCCAGUGAAGCAAAGCAGGAGGAUCUUGCCCCACGAACAAAGAACUUCCCUUCAUCUUCUCACCUGCGGAACGGGAGCACGGCUCCUCUGGAAGAUGAAAGUGCCAAGGCUGACUGAACAGAGGGCUGGGAGGUGUUUGAGCAGAUGCACUCCUGCACCUUAGAAACCACAACGUGCCUUUGUGCUGCCCUGGUUUUAUUCCCUGACACUCCUCCCUGGCAUCCUGAGAAGGAAGACUGAGCAGUGAAGUCUCAGCUGGUGCAACAAACGUCCUUGGAAUCCCUUUUGUAUGUUAGAUGGACACUGUUAGAGCUGGGCAAGGUCUGCUGUUUGUUAUCAGGGAUGACAUUCACCAGCCAGGGUGCUUUGCACAUCCUUCUCUGGCAGCUUUGGGGGAUGAGGGGAGUUUUCUGCCUGGGCUCAGCAGCUCCCCCCCAUUCCCAUUCCCACUCUUGCUAUCCCAGUGCUCCCCUCUGGUCCCCAAAACUGGAACCCAUGGAUUUCUAACGGUGUCUAAGCAGCCCCAAACCGAUCCUGUUACAGUAUUUACCCAGCCCCAAAUCACAGC